AAAGAUGAAAGAGAACGAUUUAAAUUUGGAGCCCUUUUCAUCUUACGGCUAUCUUGCUCCACAGUUCUGUUCGCUUUACUGGAGUAGGUGGAACACAUUAAUACAAAUCAGUCCCUGGUCAAGCAAGCUUGUUCACUGGUUCUAGCAUCAGUACGCAGCUAGGAGCAAUAGAUCUGUCGGUAAUUGCAGCCGACUGCCCUGUGACGUGAAGUAGGCUGCUAAUAUAUAUGGAGCACGAUGAAAGACAGACUCCGUCCCCCCCCUUCGUUUGCGCCCCACGAUCCGCUAUUCGCCUCUGACGACAUCAGCGAGGAAAAUUAUUUUGUGAACUCUACACCCUCGUCUCUUUUCCAACCUGAUUCAAGCACCACCCAGCUGGUGCUGGACCGUUAUCCAUCACAAGAAUCAUUUGCAGACCAUUCCCAGGUUAAUUUCAUGAGCAACUACGAAACAAAUAUUGAGAGGUCUCCACAACGCAGCGGACAGGAAAGCGGCUCACAUCCAUCUCAAGCCAGCAUUACGCAGACAGGGACUCAGAAGCCAUUUGUCCACUAUCACGAGGAUGUAAUUUCAUCAUCCGCUACUGGAAGUUACCUCGGAUUUCCUAAAUCAGAUUCACGUCAGUCUUCGGACGAUGAAGAUGAGGAAGACGAGUUCGAUUGGAGCGGCGACGAGGAUCUCAACAAUGAAGAAGCCAAGUUCGAAAAGAAAAUGGGUGUAAAAAUCAAGUCUCGCGGCUGGGGCAUUAUUAAACUAGUCACUCUGCUCUUCUCCUCACUCGUCGGGUCCACCUUCCUUGCGGCAGUCCUAAUAACUCCCGCACUCCUUACCCAUUUCUUUUGGUACAAGCCACACCCAACGGACUACAGGCAUUUUGUCGACAUCAAUGUCGAGGCUUGGCUCUUCUGGGCAGCAGCUAAUGUCGUCAUUUCUUGGGCUCUCGCAAUGAUCAUCGACAUUAUACCUGCCAUCAUACUUAUGGUGAUUGCAGUCACAUGGGGCCAUGUCUCAGAGAGCGUUAGAACGAGGCUCGAGUUGUAUGCCUCGACCAAAGAUACUAUCAAACCCCUCUUCUAUGCAGCGUGCGCUUGGCUCAGCUGGAUCAUUCUCUUCCAGAAUAUCUUCAAGUUGAAUGACUCGUCCAAUGCCCAGAAUUAUGCACCCUACACGGACCGUGUCGCUCAAGUAAUUGAGUUCCUGUUCUUUUUUACCCUGGUGGUAUCCAUUCAAAGGAUACUCUCUCAUGCUAUCGCGUUUGCAUUCCAUAGGACUGCGUAUAAGGAACGUCUGGAUGGAGUCAAGAAAGCCCUUCGAGUGAUAGAAGCUCUUCGCAACUACAAGCCAAAAUCAUCGGCCCGUCACAAGUUCAAUAGCUCCCAUCCGAUGCUUGCAACCUUCACUGGGCUUAAUCCGUUCAGCGACAAAGAACAUUACAAUACUCUCAGUAGCAGACUGCGCUCAGAGAGCUCCGCACCAAGUGAAGGUGACGAAGCGGAUGUAGAGGACGGAGAAAAGCAAAAGACGAACAAGGGAAAGGGGAAGCAUCAGCAGCGCAAGUCGACCAUCAUUACAGCCUCGGAAGAUCUUGAGUCUUCAAGUACUACGCCAGAACAAUCUGCUUCCAUCGCCACAACACCAGUUCCUCACCCCUCAGUCGACAAUAAUAUGACUCACAAAUAUCCUCCUACCCCUUCCGGCUCGCGUUCUGUUGACCCACACACCGAAGAUCCUACCAUUGUCGUUCAAGCAGCGAAGGCGCUUAAGACUGCUGUACUACACGAUGCCCGCAAUAUCAAGGGCGCCACUGAUGAGCUUGAAGCGUUAGUUCUCAGCGCGAGCUCAACACACGAAGCAAAGCGUCUUGCCAGGGCGAUAUACAGGACUUUCAGAGACCGCCGGCGUACCUACCUCACACCCGAAGACUUCUACCCCGCAUUUGCUACGCAGGAUGAAGCUAAAGAUGCUUUCCGGGUUUUCGACGUAGACGACAAUGGUGACAUAUCGCGGGCUGAGAUCAAGUCAUCACUGCUUCGUGUGUACAAGGAACGUCGGUUCCUGUGGCGUAGUAUGCAUGAUGUUGGCGCUGCGCUCAAGACUCUCGAUCAAAUUUUAUUACUCUUCGCUCUCGGCAUCUUGUUCUUCGUCUCUUUAAGCAUUUUCGGUGUCAAUGUGGCGCAGUCCUUGACGAGUGUAUAUUCCCUCGGUCUCGCAGCCAGUUUCGUCUUCAAGAACUCGGCGAGCAAUGUCUUUGAUGCAAUCAUGUUCUUGUUUGUAACUCAUCCCUUUGAUACUGGUGAUCGAUGCUUCAUCGAUAGUAAGCCACUGAAUCAUGGGCUGGGCGUUGCUAAUGAAGUCUUCUCUUUCAUUUUAGACGAGAAUCUAGUUGUGAAGAGGAUGGACUUGUUUGCGACAGUCUUUGCUCGAUCAGACGGUACCGAAACAUAUUACUUCAACAGUCAGCUAUUCACGAAGUUCAUCACGAACGUCCGCCGUAGUGAUAAAAUGGCAGAGUCUUGUACCAUCCAAGUUGCUUGGCGUACGCCACAAGAAAAGCUAGACGCGCUUGAGGCAAAGCUGAAUACGUGGCUUUCUACUGAGGAGAACAGGUGGUUCCAGCCGACUACGUCGGUUGUAUUGCAAAACAUUAGUUACCAACGCUAUCUUGAGUGCACUGUUGGUAUCUCGCACAACUCGACGUGGCAAGACUGGGGCCUCCGGAAUACGCGCAGAACCGCAUUCCACGCAGCAGUUCAAUAUUACUGCCGGGAGCUAGGGAUCACCGCAUAUGAGGCACCUAUGCCUAUCGCAUAUGCAGACGCUAACACGCGACAGCAUAAUGUUCCUCAAGAAGCAGUACUACCCAAUAUCUUUUCAGAUGUUCAGUCUCCUGACCACAAACAUUCCCCUGAUAGAAGUCGAAAGAGCUUCCUUGGUUUCACACCUCCGCGGGAUCAAGGUACUCGUUUGACACGUGCACACACUCGUGUGCACAAAGGCAAGAGUCGCAAAGCAGCUGUGCGGGGAGUGGGUGCAGACGGUGGUGGAAAUGGUUGAACUUUAUCUUUUCUAAUUCUCGACCACAUAAGGUGGUUUGUUUGGAUACUUCGUUAAACGUAUCCCCGACUUGUAGAACGACUAUUAAGUCUAAGGGGUGUGUCUCUGAACAGCAUUGUCUGUGUUGAUAGUGUAAUUGAGAUCUAGACCGUUUCCUCCUGUUUA